CGAGAACGCAAUUGCAGAUGUCGAAGAUGCAGGCAUUACGGAAUCAGAGGGGGGACAGCUCUUUCACUCCUUGGAAGUCUGUGAACGCGUUCUCAAAGGUUGGAAGACUUGGAAUACGGCCAUCGUGAAACUAAGUCAAGUGUUUGGCUACCUUGAAAGAAACUAUUUGCGGUCACGAAAGUCUUCUAUAGUCGAAUACGGCAAGUCAAAAUUCACAAAGACAUAUUUUACAGACCUUUUACCUCCUGGUACUGAAAAGAACACCAGCUACGGAGAUUCCUUACUAAAACUGUAUGCGCUGAUAACUUUUGUGUUUUAUGAAGCAAAAUACUGGAAGACUUUUCCUGAAGAGCUCGUAAAUCGGGUACGCCAAGCUUUUAAAGGACUUACUACAUUGAUACUGUAUUUUUGGCCCACGGGUAAAUUAUGGUUUGAGAGGUUUCCGCAUGCCGUGUUGGGACUGGUAGCUUAUCCGCUUAAACAUGAACAUCAUGGAUGGUUUUGUAAUUACAAGUUCCAAAAUGCCUUUGAAAUUAGAAGGAGAUUUAUGAUUAUAGAUGAGGAAUGUGCAUUUUACUCAAGCUGUGGCGUAGAUACAACCGUGAUUGAUGAAUUGGUAAAUGAAUUGACAUUCAAUUUGAUUUUUCGAGACGACUUUAAUGAAAUAGUUUUGGAAGGUUUGGACAAGUUGCUUGAAUCACCCCAGGAAAUGCGAUUCUUAAAGAAAUUGUGCUUUGACUUAAAGAAGAAUAAAGCAAUUGAUGGCGAGCUAAAAUUGAAAUUUGUGUUGAAAGAGUAUUGUGAAAAGAAGUUUCAAGAGGCUAUUGAGAAAUACCAAUCUAAUCAGAUUGAUUCUCAAUUAUACCCGAAUGCAAUACUAUAUUUGAGUGCUGUUUUGGAGAAUAUCCGGCUGAAGAUGGACUUGCAUUUCACCGACAAGUUUGACACCAGAGGGUUAUAUUUCCCAUCCUUGCAAAAGGUAGUGAAUACACCUGUUAAUAACACCUUCGUAAUACAGCAGUUGUGCAAAUUAUGUGACUUGUACUUCAAAUCUAAACUAAAUUCCAUGGUGGAUUCAUUCCCCACUUUUUGCCAACGCAUUGAAAGUAUUUAUGAAGCAUUAUCUAAUAAAGUUGACUUUUUGACAGCUUACAAGAAGGAUGUGUCUCGAAGAUUGUUAUUGGGUAAAACUUCCAGUUUGGAUGAGGAACAUGCAUUGGUUAUGAUCUUUUUGAGUGGUGCUCGCAAUGCCGGAGAUUCUGUCAAUAUGGAAAGCAUGUUUGAAGACUUGAAGGCAUCAAUUGAGGUCUACUCUCGAUUGAUAGACGUACCUGAGUUUGAAUUCAAACCUUUAGUUUUGGAAAAAUCAAUGUGGCCCGACAUUCCUAGUCAAGAUUUGUCUACGGUUCAACUACCGACGGAAUGCACUAAUGUACUAGAUAAGUUUUGUAAAGAAUUUUGCAAAGCAGAUGAAAGAAAUGGCAAAAAGAAUUUGGAUUGGUCUAACUACAAGUUGCAUCACUUGACUAUUGCUGGUCAUUUUGCUGGUGGGGAGAAAUCCAUAACUGCAAACAUGUUGCAGGCAAUGGUCAUUCUUUUGUUUAAUGACUCUGAUGAGUAUACUUUUGAUCAACUUUUGGAUAAAACAAAGAUGGAUUCGACUCUUUUGCAGGCAGUGUUGCAUACCAUGGUUACAGGAAAAUGCAAAAUUUUAAAACAGCAAGGAGAUGUGAUUAAAUUCAAUCAUGGUUUUAAAGACAAGUCCAAGACAAUUAGACUCCCAAUAGUCAAGGAGACAGCUACUGCUACAGCAUCUAGCAGAGGAUCAUCAAUUGAUAAAGAGGUUGUUGUUGAUGUUAUUGAAAAAAACAGAAAUGAAGAAUUCAAGUCUGUCGUUGUUCGAAUCAUGAAACAAGCAAAAACAUUGUCAAUGACUAAACUUUUAAGUCAAAGUAUUGAAAUUUUGGAAAAACGUCGACCUGUUGCUGUGAUUGAUCUUAAAUCUGCUAUUGAGCGUUUGAUAACAGACGAAUUUCUUAAACGAAAGAGUAGAGAUGCAAUAGAGUAUAUCGCGUGA